AUGUUUUUAUUGCUUUUUUCUUUUGCAGAACAAAAAAGAUACGAAAAAAUAUCGGAUUUGAUCUAUGCAACAAGGACUUAUGACGUAGGAAUCUAUGAAUUUACGUUAAACGGAGCUGCAGGCGGAUGCGGGUGCAGAGAAGGUACACAAAGAACAGUUGGUGGGAAUGGUGCUUCAAUAACAGCUUUAUUAAGAUUCACGCGAAAAACAGUCGUCAAUUUCGAAAUAGGAUCAAAAUCGGAUGGUGAUUGUAAAAGAUAUAAUGAGGGAGGAAAACCAAAUGGUGGAAACAGCGGGAAUGAUUAUAAUUUUAUAGGAAAUGAUGCCUCUGGGAGUGGUGGAGGAAUGACAGCUAUUAAGAUUGGAUAUGAUUACAUUUUGAUUGCUGGGGGAGGUUCAGGAGGCGCUGGAAUGUUCAAUGGAGCACAUGGUGGAGGAUUAGGAUAUGUUUUACGUGUAGGCGUAAAUGGUCAAAUUGUAACCACUAAACAAAAAUAUCUUAUGGGUGAACAUGCAGGGGGAAAGGGGGAUUUUGGGUUGAUAACAGCGGGUUCAGGUGGUGGAGGAGGGUGGAAUGGUGGUAAGGGAGGAAAAGCCAGCGAUGAAACUAAUCCAGAAGUUUGUGGUUUUGGAGGUACAUCAGAUUAUAAGUUGAAUUCUAUCUAUAUCAUCAAUACUCCUACAGCAUUAGAUGGAAGAUUUACAAAUAAUACAGGAGAUGGAUCUGUAAUUGUUGUGCAAAAAUCUAUCCGUGAGACAGUACCUGAAAAUAAUCGUAAGCCAAGAAAAAUUUUAGUUGGGGCUUCUUUGUAUUUUUCUUUUUCUGGAUCAAAUCUCUUUUGA